AGAGAGGGACCAGGAGAUCUCUGGCUUCUCACAUCCCACCACUUCCCUGAUCUCCACCACCCCAGGACCUCUUCGGAUAUGAGUAUGGCAGGGGGCCGACGAGGACUGGUAGCUCCUCAGAACACAUUCUUAGAGAACAUUGUCCGGAGAUCUAAUGUCUGGACAUUAUCUCAUAGACAGACAGAUACUAAUUUUGUCCUGGGUAAUGCCCAGAUAGUGGAUUGGCCAAUUGUUUACAGCAAUGAUGGAUUCUGCAAGCUGUCUGGAUAUCACAGAGCGGAGGUUAUGCAAAAAAGUAGCACUUGCAGCUUUAUGUAUGGAGAGUUGACGGACAAAGACACCAUUGACAAAGUUCGACAGACGUUUGAGAACUAUGAGAUGAAUUCUUUUGAAAUUUUAAUGUACAAAAAAAAUAGAACGCCGGUGUGGUUCUUUGUGAAGAUCGCCCCUAUUCGAAAUGAACAGGACAAAGUGGUACUAUUUCUUUGCACUUUCAGCGACAUUACUGCUUUUAAACAACCGAUUGAGGACGACUCAACAAAGGGAUGGGGAAAACUAGCAAGAUUGACAAGAGCAUUGACAAGCAGCCGUGGGGUCCUACAACAGCUCGCACCAACCGUCCACAAAGGAGAAAAUGUUCAUAAACACUCACGACUUGCGGAGGUCUUGCAACUUGGCUCGGAAAUUCUUCCUCAAUACAAACAAGAAGCACCCAAGACCCCUCCACAUAUCAUUUUGCAUUACUGUGUGUUCAAGACCACUUGGGACUGGGUCAUCUUAAUUUUAACCUUUUACACCGCUAUCCUAGUCCCUUAUAAUGUUUCAUUCAAGACCAAACAAAACAAUGUUGCGUGGCUUGUGGUGGACAGCAUCGUGGAUGUAAUUUUUUUGGUCGACAUUGUCCUUAAUUUUCAUACCACCUUUGUUGGACCUGCUGGGGAAGUAAUAUCGGACCCAAAGUUAAUUCGCAUGAACUACUUGAAGACAUGGUUUGUCAUCGAUCUCUUGUCCUGUUUACCGUAUGAUGUUAUCAAUGCCUUUGAAAAUGUAGAUGAGGGUAUCAGUAGCCUAUUUAGCUCAUUGAAAGUAGUAAGACUUCUCCGACUGGGACGUGUAGCUCGGAAACUGGAUCAUUACAUUGAGUAUGGAGCAGCUGUCUUGGUCCUUCUGGUCUGUGUCUUUGGGCUGGCAGCUCAUUGGUUGGCUUGCAUCUGGUAUAGCAUCGGAGAUUAUGAGGUCAUCAAUGAGGACAACAACACCAUAAGAAAUGAGAGUUGGCUCGUUCAGUUGGGAACAUCCAUUGGAACUCCUUAUCGUUUUAAUUUAACGGGUUCUGGGAAGUGGGAAGGUGGUCCAAGCAAGGAUUCUGUUUACAUCUCCUCGUUGUAUUUUACUAUGACAAGUCUCACUAGCGUUGGAUUUGGGAAUAUUGCACCAACAACAGAUGGAGAAAAGAUCUUCGCUGUGGCCAUGAUGAUGAUCGGAUCACUUCUAUAUGCAACCAUUUUCGGUAACGUGACAACCAUCUUCCAGCAAAUGUACGCCAACACGAACCGAUAUCAUGAAAUGUUAAACAGUGUCCGAGACUUCCUUAAGCUCUACCAAGUCCCCAAAGGGCUGAGUGAACGGGUCAUGGAUUAUAUUGUAUCAACGUGGUCAAUGUCUAGAGGCAUAGAUACAGAAAAAGUUUUACAGAUUUGCCCUAAAGACAUGCGAGCAGACAUCUGUGUACACCUAAACCGCAAAGUUUUCAAAGAGCAUCCUGCAUUUCGAUUGGCUAGUGAUGGAUGCCUACGAGCCCUGGCCAUGGAGUUUCAGACCGUUCACUGUGCUCCUGGGGAUUUAAUUUAUCAUGCGGGAGAAAGCAUAGACACACUCUGCUUUGUGGUUUCUGGCUCUUUGGAAGUUAUCCAGGAUGACGAAGUUGUUGCUAUAUUGGGUAAAGGGGACGUGUUUGGGGAUGUAUUCUGGAAAGAGACCACUCUGGCCCCAUCGUGUGCAAACGUAAGAGCGUUGACAUACUGUGACCUACAUGUUAUCAAACGGGAUGCUUUACAGAAAGUUCUCGAGUUCUACACGGCAUUCUCACACUCGUUUUCACGGAAUCUAAUCCUUACCUAUAACCUACGGAAAAGGAUUGUGUUCAGGAAAAUAAGUGAUGUGAAAAGAGAGGAAGAAGAAUGGAUGAAAAGCAAAAAUGAAGCUCCUUUGAUCCUCCCUCCAGACCAUCCAGUCCGACGCCUGUUCCAGAGAUUUAAGCAGCAAAAAGAAGCCCGACUAGCAGCAGAGAGGGGCAUUAGAGACCCCAAAGACCGAGAUAUAGAGAAAGGAAACAUCUUGGUGGAACAUUCUGCUCGCAACACAAUCAAAGCAAGUCUAGUGACAGUGACCGAAAGUCCUGCGACUCCACUUUCAUUCCAGGCUGCUUCAACGUCUGGUGUAUCAGACCGUGCUAAGCUAUAUGCUCCAGUUGCAGAAAGCAUAGGAGGUAAAGUUCCGGGGGAAUUCGUGAAAAGGAAAGGGUGGGCCAGAUUUAGAGAUGCAUGUGGGAAAGGGGAGGACUGGAACAAAGUUUCCAAAGCAGAGUCUAUGGAAAUAUUACCUGAGAGAACUAAACCUUCAGGGGAGGUUACGCUAAAGAAGACAGAUUCAUGUGACAGUGGCAUUACAAAGAGUGACUUGCGUUUGGACAGUAUAGGGGAGACUAGAAGUCCUCAGGAUCGAAGUCCUGUGCAGACAGAAGUUAAACACACUUUUUAUCCCAUCCCAGAACAGACUCUCCAAGCUACGGUGUUAGAGGUGAAGCAUGAGUUAAAAGAAGACAUUAAAGCUUUGAAUUCAAAAAUGACAAAUAUCGAAAAACAGCUUGCAGAGAUACUAAGGAUAUUAGCCUCCAGAAGGUGCUCUCAAUCACCACAAGAGAUAUUUGAAAUAUCAAGGCCGCAAUCUCCGGAAUCGGAAAGGGACAUAUUUGGAUCAACCUAA